UAUAUAAUCAACAUGUCGACUAUCGACGAGCAAAACAAUUUUGAUUCACCUAACUUAAAAGAAGAUAAUUCUUGCAAUGAAAAUAAACAAGAAAUGGCAAUACAACCAGACAAUAAAGCAGUUUAUCAUUGGAGAGAUGUCACUUCAGAAUUUAUUGAAGCAGCAGGAGAAUUAGAAUUGGGAGAAUUGUUACAUGAUGCCUCGUUUGGACUUUUUGAGGCAAUGUCUGCCAUAGAAAUGAUGGACCCCAAGAUGGACGCUGGGAUGAUGUGUAAUCAAAUUCAAAGAAAAGUUCUCAACUUUGAACAAGCUGUUAGUGCUGACAAGUGUAAGAUAAAGGAGUUAUCAAUUCCACAGCUUAUAGGAAUAAUUGAUGCUUCAAUGGCAUGCUUGGUAACCUGGUUAGAAGGUCAUUCUUUAGCUCAAACUGUGUUUACCAAUCUUUAUUUACAUGACCCUUACAUCAUUGAAGACAGAUGUUUAAAAGCAUUUAGUAUAGGCAUGCUGAAAAUUAUAGACCAUAUCAGAGAUCGGGUCAACAGAGCUAGUGUGUUUGAAGAGGAAGAUUUUCAGACAAUGACUUAUGGGUUUAAAAUGGCAGCUGAUAUAACUGAUGUGAGAGCGACAGGAAUGAUGAAAGAAGUAGAAGAUGAUAUCAAUAGAAUACUCAAGACAACCCGAAGUAAACCUGGUGAAGACAGACAGCCAGACAUAGAACAAGAACAUGAACUCAACAUGGCCCUGUAUUCCAGAAUUAAAUUCACCAGAUUAUUUCUAACAUUACUACUGUCCUUAAAUAAAGAGAAGUGUGAAGGUGUUCCACAUGUUAAGAAGUUGGUCACACAGAUGGAAGAAGUCCUCCCUGUCAUCAAAACAACAUUGUCAUGUGGAGUACAACCUGAAACCAAAGAAGUCAGUAAAAAUGAUUAUCCUACAAUUAUGGGAUUUGAACCAUUAGUUAAUCAGCGACUUUUACCUCCAACCUUUCCUCGUUACACAGUCAUCAAGAGUAGGGAGGAAUGUGUCAGUUACAUGGAAACAUUGAUGAAUCAGCUACACAUAUUACCAGAGAUUACACAGAUGGUGUCACUACACACGAUAUUGGAUACAUUUAAAGAAUUUAGUAAAUCUUCACCAUGUGUAUUAUCCAGGUCAUUAAUACAGUUGACCUUCCUUCCAGUCAAUAAACGAGUAUUUGGAACAAUAACUAUGGUAGAUUAUCUAAAGGAUACAAUGAGAAACUUUAUAGCACCUCCUUGUCUUAGUCAGAAAUCUCAGCUCUACAACAAUGCUCAGGCUAAAACAUUUGUAGAUGCUUGGUUCAUGCAGGCAGUCCGUCCUGUUUGUGCACUGAUACAAAUACCUGGUCAUAAUCGGGCCAGACAGAGAGACAAGUGGGGACAUAUAUUAGAAGAGUUAUCUGCCCUUCAGGAAGAGGCAGAUAAAGUAGACGCCUAUCUCCAUCAGCUGUUGUCUAAAACAGAGCCCAGUAGGCAACAUAUUGCCUGUUUAGGUAACUGGGUUUUGUACCUUAUACUACAGGCCAUGGUGUCCUAUCUGUUGGCAGGAUUUGAAUUAGAACUGUAUGCUACAUAUGAAUACCAUUAUGUUUAUUGGUAUUUAUCAGAAAUGUUAUAUUCCUGGAUGAUUAACACACUACAUAGGGCUGAUAACUUUUUACUGGAACAUGAAACUGUCGCAGAUUCUCAGCAGAAAGGAAAAAGUAAUAAGAAAAACAAGAAAAAGAAAAGAACAAAGACAUUAAACAAAGAAAUAACUCAGGCACAGGCUGAACAGCAGUUGUUUAAUGGUUACUAUAAGGCUGUUUUAGGUUUCAGACAAGAUGGAAAAUUAGUUCAACCAAACUUUGAGUUUGACAGUGAAGAAGUUAGAUACUCCCAUAGAUUUCAACCAUUUACAACUGUCUCAACACCUCCUUAUAUACAUUAUAAUCAGUAUAGGGAGAUGUCAGACAUUGGCAGGUAUGACUCAGACUCAUCUGUGACAAGUUUAUACAGUGCUUCCUGUAACUGUUUCUUCAAAGCCAAAUCCUUAUUUGAAAGUCUUUCAAAUCCAUCAGAAGAGGUACAGACUUUAACAAAGAUUUCCAAAACCAAUUAUGUAGUAAUGAAGUUAUUAAUGGGUGGUCACAAAAAAGAUUCCAAGAUUGCACCAGAGUUUGACUACAGCCUUCACAAAGCUUUCCCAGUAUUGAAGAUUUUAUAGUGGACAUUUUAAUUUAGUGUGAAUCUAUUUGUUUUUUUAAGAUUAAAGAAUAUUGAUUUUGA